AUGAACUCUGUAACCGUCUCCGGGCCCUGUAUAGUAAGAGAUGUGAUACCUUUGUCCAAGAGGCUUUUGGAUGAGGACGCAAGCAAGCUCAACGAGGGUAUCCGAAGACUUGGACCCGUCGGCGCGGUGACGCCGGCGAAGGUCGUAAUGAUGGGUCGGAAAGCGACACCAUAUACGGAGGGCCGUGGUGAUCCACACACCGUCCUCGAGAUCCUGGGCAAAUUGCUGGGUUCCGAGCAGAGGCCACAACAUGGAGAAGUGGAUCGUCACAGAAAUAUUCUCGAAGAACUACGCACCUCCAUCAUCGGUGCUUCUGUGGAUGACUAUCCUACGUUAAUACACAUGUCCCUGAGGAAGGAACUGAUGGAACUUUCUUACGACGUCGAGGACUACAUCGACAUGGCGCAGCACUUCAGUGGCUGCUGGUAUACUCAAUCUAUUUUGGCAACCAUGAUGAAGCAGCGACAGAGGCGGCCCCUUAAUGCCCAAUAUAUCUCAGAACUCAGUUCUCGUUUGCAAGAUGCAAAAAUAAUGUCUGAAAGCAGUAACCAGCAGCCUGCUAGAUUGAAAGGCCCCAUGCCAGAGGCUGCUUCUCUGGAAACCAUCGACAAGCCAUGGCCGCAUGGAGAGCCACAGCGACGCCUCCAUUCUUCUUCUGAGGUUGAAGACGAUGAUCACCUUAAGAAGACAGUCGGCAAGCAGAGUAAGCCUGAAGACCUCAAAGAUGCCGUGAAGAAACUCGCCAGCAUGGUAGCUUUCGACAAGGAGCAACAGCUCAAAGUGGUACCAAUAUUAGGACCUUCACGUGUUGGGAAGACAACACUUGCCAGAACUCUGUAUCAUUACUAUGGAGGAAGAUUUCAUCACCGAGCAUUUAUACGCAUGUCCCGAUAUCCAGAUACCAGAAGGCUUCUCACCAGUCUGCUCUCUCAAAUUAAGGGUCGACAGCCAGAGCGGUUUGAUAUUCAUAAGCUCGUCGAGAAAAUAAAACAACAUCUCUAUGGAAAAUCGUAUUUCAUUAUAAUUGAUGAUUUGUGUUCAACAUCAGUAUGGGAUCUCAUCUGUCAAGCUUUCCCAGAGGGUAAUUGUCACAGCAGAAUAAUAACAACAACACAAGUUGAGGACAUUGCAUUGGCUUGCUGUGGCCAUCGCAUGGAUAAUAUAUAUAACAUGCGACCUCAUAGUGAUGAUCAACAAUCGCAAUUCAUUUAUACUUAUGAAAGGACAAAAGAAGCUGUAAAUCUUAGCUACAACAUUCUUGCUACUCAUUUGAAGAAAUGCUUGAUGUAUCUUAAAAUGUAUCCAGAGGACUACGUGAUCAGGAAGGAUGAUUUGGUGAAGCAAUGGGUAGCUGAAGGUUUUGUCGUUGCAGGAACACAAAACAUGUGGGAAGUUGCAGAGGGCUAUUUUGAUGAUCUUAUCAUCCGAGGAAUGAUUCAACAACUUGAUACCAGUUCUAAUGGUGAGGUGCUAUCAUGUACAGUUGAUCAAAUGGUAUCCGAUCUUAUUACAGAGAGAUCCAAUGACGAGAAUUUCGUCACUGUCGUGAAUGGUUCUGAAAAAAAUGCAUUGCCUUCUGACAAGGUUCGCCGACUGUCAGUUAAUUUUGGAGGUGCAAAAGGUUCACGGAUACCAGAUAGCUUCAGAAUUUCACAAGUUCGGUCAUUAAUGUUUUCUGGAUUCUUCAAAUGUGUACCUUCCAUUUUGAAGUACUCACUCCUUCGAGUUCUGAUUCUUCAUGUUUGGACUGAUCAAGACAAGACGACUUUUGACCUCACCAGGAUCAAUAAAUUAUUUCGACUAAGAUAUCUGAAGAUUGACUGCAAUAUGACAGUCAAACUCCCCGCAAAGAUUCGGCAGUUGCAAUAUUUAGAGACUCUUGAAAUAUAUGCAAGAGUGGCAGUUGUGCCCUCAGAUAUUGUUCUCUUGAAGCAUUUGAUCCACCUCCACCUCCCGGUUGAGAUUUAUCUGCACCAUAGGACUGUGCCUUAUGUGUACACGAGUGUCCUGGUCUCAUCAUUACUUCACACUCUAGGCAUCAUCAAUAGUUGCUCAACCAAUGCUGCUCAAUCAUCUACAACUACUUCUCGAUUUGAUUCUUCGUUACUCCUUGACAUCCUACAAUGUGAGAUUGGUCAGCCCCAUUGGAUUAGAUUCACGACAUCACUUCGCAGUCUAGGCAAUUUCAAUUUCAGCACUGCCUCAAGAUAUAGUGUGUUCAAUCUCUACAAGCUAACAAAUUUGCAGGAUCUACACAUAACUUGCUCUGGUGUACCUGACAAGCGUCUCUCUAGCAACAUGGAAUAUCUCGCUAACAUUCUGGAGAAUCUCAGCUACCUCAAAUCCCUGAUUCUUGAUGGUGGAUUAUCUUCAAGCAGGGCCAUUCCAUAUGAUGGCUUGAACAGUAUAUCGUCUCCACCGACUUGUCUCGAGAGACUUGAUUUAUCCCCAAGGGUUUUAAUAUUUCCCAGCCUUCCGAGGUUGGUUGGACAACUCAGAAAUAAUCUUUGCACUUUAAGGAUUGCAGUUAAGGAGCUCUCGAGCGCCGAUGUUGGUAUUCUCGAAAGACAGCAUGCCCUAACUGCUCUCUCGCUUUAUGUAAGUACCGCCCCUGAAGCAGGGAUCCAAUUUAACAAAGAGGGAUUCCCAGUUCUCAAGUAUUUCAAGUUCAUUUGUGCUGCACCAUGCCUGGAGUUCAAGGAAGGAGCUAUGCAUACUGUCCAAUUGGUCAAGCUGGGUUUCAGUGCUAACACAAUCCAGCUAUAUAACCCAGUUAAUGCUGGUUUUGAGAACUUGAAAGGACUUGAAGUGAUCUCUGCAAAGAUUGGCGGUACUGAUGCCGACGAGGCCAGCAAAGUUGUGGCGAAGUAUAAGUUGCUAGACGCCUUUAGCAUGCAUCCCUGCCAUCCUAUCAUCAACAUAAAAUUGGUGAAUUCUAGUUUCGAUGGUGACAAUGAAAGAAGUUCUGCGCAUUCGAUCUCAAGGACAGGCCCAGAUGAACAUGGCAUCCGAGAAACUGAUUUAACAGAAGAUUUUAACAAACAAGGUGACAGCAGGAUAAGAACUCUAUCAUCGGAAUACUCUUCUCACAUGCUGAAUCCAGGUUGGGAGAGCUGGAAGCCAAAGGACCAUGGCCGCCUUAUGGGGACUGUGCGAGGGCUGUCAUACGUGGCCUCAAAACAUAUGAAACACGAAGUACGCCGUGUGAAUAAUGAGAUCUCUUCCAUCAAGCUAGAGCUGAAACUCAUGGCGGCCGUGCUAGAUUCUAGCCCAGGCGUGCUCCCAGACGAAUGGGUCCUGCAACUGCAGGACCUCUCCUAUGAGGUCGAGGACUUCAUGGAUGUUUACAGCUGGCUCCGAGUCACCAGAUCAUGGAGCCACGUACUCGCGCAUAUGCGUCAUGUCGUGCAUUUGAGUGAAAGGGUCAGGAGCUUACGAGAGUGGCAACACAGUUGUAGCACAUCCAGAUCCAGCAGUUACGGCGGAGGCAGUGCUGCUGGUUCACAUGCGCCGUUGCCAUCUGGAUCUGGUUUUUACAAUUCUGAGGAUGUACUCUUUGGCAUCGAGAAGCACAAGGCUGAACUUAGCGAGUUGACGCUCCCAAAAGCAUCCCAGGCUGUGAAAGUGAUCACCAUCGUCGGAUGCCCUGGCCUAGGAAAGACUGCCCUCGCGAGAGCAUUUGUCGACCAGAAUCGUUCUGACUCCUGGCCAUUUAAAUCCUUCGUUUGGGUAAACGCAUCAGGAUGCAACAGUGCGGAAGACCUUAUAAACAGGUUUCUGCAGCAGCUCAUGGAACCACCAUCCGAGACUCCAACCGACAUUUAUAAGUUGAAAGACAUCCUCCAGGAUAGGUAUCCGUACUUAGUAAUCAUCGAUGACCUGCAGGAAUCAGAUGUGUGGUAUGAUAUACAAAGUGUCUUCGCCAGUGCUCCUGCUGACACCACUGUAAUCAUAACAACAAGUCGUCAGUCAGUAGCAGCCACCUGCAGCCAUGGUAAAUACAUUUACAGGAUGCAAUGUCUUGACUCUGCAGAGUCUGCAGAAUUAUUCUGGACAAAGGUUGGCAGUCGAGCAAAUCGUACGCCUGCCCUUGAGUAUGCUUUAGGAGACACUUUGAGGAAAUGUGGUGGUGUACCACUUGCACUUAUUAGCGCAGCCAAGUAUUUGCACCGGAGUGGACAUCAUCUACUGCCUGGUGCACCGGGUGUGUUUACCGAGAUGAACAGAGUGCUUAUUUCCCAGUUGUAUGACCGCCUGCCUGACAACGGUCAUAGGAUGUGCUUGCUAUCUUUAAGCACAUUUCCGUAUGGUCAUUUGGUCAAGAGGAAGAGAGUAAUCAGAAGAUGGAUAGCCGAGAGACUGGUUGUGGGAGACGGUGAGCUUAGUGCAGAACAAGUUGCUGACAAACAAUUUGAUGAAUUGGUUGACCGGAACAUCGUUGAACCUGUGCAGAUUUGCAACAAUUCAAAGGUCAAGGGGUUCCUAGUUCAUGGUGUAGUCGUGGACUUUAUUGUCAAUCAGUCAGUGUCAAAAGAGUUUGUAACUUUGAUUCGUAGUGAUCAACUCCUCACAAACAAGAGUGGUGCCCGUCCAGUUCGCCGAUUAUAUGUUCAAGAAGGAACAAGAGAGAGUGCAAGGGUUGCAUUGGGAAUCGGACUGGAUCGUGUCAGGUCACUAACAAUCUGCAAUACUGUGCCUUUUGAUUUCCAGGAUUGCUGGUUGCUGCGAGUUUUGGAUCUGGAGGGUUGUGAGCGCGUAGACAACAGGGUCCUGCAGAGCAUAUGCAAACUGAUAUUUCUCAAGUACUUAAGCCUCAGGGGCAGUGAUGUUCACAGGAUUCCCAGUGAAAUUGAAAAACUCGGAUCUUUAGAGACAUUGGACAUUCGGGAGACAGAGGUCAAAACCUUGCCUAUGCAAGUGUUCAUGCUCCCACGGUUAGCUUACCUGUUUGGUAAGUUCGAGCUGCCUCGGGAGAUCAGAGAUUCUACGACGAGAAAUAAGCUGCGUGCAUUCUUCUCAGAGAAAAGUAGACUGCAGACAUUGUCAGGAUUUGUCAUGGUGGAGAACAAUGGCUUCGAGCUCCUCGUGCUGCAAAUGAGAUCACUAAGGAAGGUUACAAUCUGGUGCGAAUAUCCUGUUACCUCUUCCCCCUCCAGUUCAGAUAAUCUUGCUUCCUCCCUCCAAAAGCGCUUCGCUGGAAAUAAUGCACUAGAAUCAAUAUCAAUCAAUUUCGGAGAUGAAUUCGGCAGUAACUUCCUCAGUUUCAUUGAAGCUCCCUGUAUGCUCAGCUCGAUCAAACUAAGGGGAAAGUUAAGUUCACUGCCUAGCUUCAUUACAUCAUAUGAUACUACUCUAUCCGAGUUGCAGCUGUCAUCUACUGGUUUGAGCUUCCAGGCCUUGUCACAGCUACAAAACUUACGUAGGCUGGUUUACCUGAAGCUUGUUCAAGAUAGUGAAGGACUUGAGGGCGAUCGCUUCAUUGUGCGAGAAGAUGGCUUUCCGAGCCUUCAGCGUCUGUGCUUUGUCGCCCCAAAGCUUCCCCAUGUGGACAUCCAUGAAGGCGGCAUGGGCUGUCUCGCCUCAUUACACCUGCUCUGUCCAGAGUAUGCAGGAUACGGCACAUUCGAAAGAACUGAUUUGGAAAAUCACUUCAAGGGAAAGUAUUGGUCCAACGAAAAAAUCGAUUCAGAAAAAGGUUUCAAGGGUAUUGAGCAACUCAAACAUCUGAACGAGGUGCUACUCCAUCCAUAUGUGGGCGAAAAAGAGAUGUAUGCCUGGACGGAGGAGGCAAAAAGGCACGUCAACAGGCCAAAGCUUGCAUGCGCACGAGCUCCGACUUGUGGUGACCGUGCGCGCAGGAGGCAUGGCGAGAAUAGCUCGUGCAUGACCUUGGAGUGA